AUGUCCUCACCUUUGCGCAUUUUCGUUCCUGUCAAGCGUGUCAUUGACUUUGCUGUCAAGGUGCGCGUGAACCCAGCCAAGACCGAUGUCGACCGCAAUGUCAAGCAUAGCAUGAACCCCUUUGAUGAAAUUGCUGUUGAAGAGGCUGUGCGUAUCAAGGAGAAAGCUCCAAAGACUGAAGUGGUGGCUAUUUCAUGUGGUUCAGCCAAGGCACAGGAAACUUUGCGUACGGCUCUUGCUAUGGGCGCUGACCGUGCUGUGCACGUUGAAGUCAAGGAUGAUAGCACAUUGCAACCCCUCGCUGUCGCCAAAUUGCUUCAAGCCUUUGCCAACAAGGAAGAAAAGAAGCCUGAUCUCUUUAUUCUCGGCAAACAAGCCAUCGAUGAUGAUAGCAACCAAACCGGUCAAAUGCUUGCUGGUUUAUUGAAUUGGCCCCAGACUACCUUUGCUUCCAAGGUUGAUAUUGAAGCCCAAUCACUCAAGGUCACUCGUGAGAUUGACGGUGGUCUCGAAACCAUUUCUACAAAGAUGCCGGCCAUCAUCACCACUGAUUUGCGUUUGAACGAGCCUCGUUAUGCAUCUCUUCCCAAUAUCAUGAAGGCCAAGAAGAAGCCUCUUGUCAAGAUCACUCCUGAAGAUCUCGGUGUGGACAUCUCUCCUCGUCUCCAAACCUUGAAGGUGGAGGAACCUGCUAAGCGCCAAGGUGGUCGUAAGGUUGAAAAUGUGGAUGAAUUGCUUGACAAGUUGAAGAAUGAGGCCAAGGUUUUGUAA